AUGCAAGCGCCGCUGUGCCGCCUCCUUGCAUUUUCCCACCACCACAAGCAAAUUGCACAAGGUUUGGCAGCCGGCCUCAUUGCUCAUGUAUCUAGUCUCAUGGAGUUCAUCAAUCCCCCACCCUUCGGAGUCACUAGGGAUCUGAGCAACAGCCCGACCUAUGACGAAGGUACUACUGUGAACAUUGCCUGCACUUCGGGUGAAAAGGGGGUAGGGGUCUCAUUGUGUCUUUACCAACAAAAUGAGACAGAUGGAAAGUGGUUUGGAGACAUGGAAUAUCUUACCCAGAACGCUGUGGAUAUUAUGAGAUACUCCUGGCUCUUGUUUUACCUUAGUAUCUUCCAAGAAGGCAAAGGCUCCUCGGAUUCGAACAGCCAUUACUUCUACAUCGCGGAAAAGGGCAUUGGGAAAUCCUCCUCCCCCUCCUUCGUAUCUUCGGCUUUUUCUUCUACGUCGAUACCACAAGCUAUAUCAACUGUAGCACCGACUCUGAUUCCGACAAGCUCGAGCAUGCAAAAUCUCAGAACCAGCACAGGAGUGGUAGGCCUUCCGACCAGCGAUGCCACAGAUUCACAAACCCUUCCCGAUCAACAAUCCUCAUCAGAUAGCUUUCCUUUGGCUGUUAAGAUCGGUCUCGGUAUAGGGAUACCUAUCGCUCUUGUCCUUAGGCUAGUCAUAGGAUGGCUACUUUUUCGCCAUCGCAAAAGGAGAGACACUGCUCCUCCCUACGGAUUGCACGAAAUAUCUGCUGGUCAAAACAUGCAAUACAAGCACUACAAUAAUGAGGGUUAUUAUGGUUCGGGCAUUAAUGAGGCGCCACUGAAGUCACCAGUGGAGAUAGGUCAGCUAUACCCGCAGGACUUCGAUGGUCGCGUAGUCACAUCACCAAACAAGUCUGCAGCUACACCUCAUCAUGCACCAGUACGGUUCGAGAUGUGA